UAAAAUCAUUUUUGCUAGUUAACUUAAAAGACAUACUAAAGUAGGUUGAUAUACAUGAUUGGUAUAUAAAUAUAUUAAAGUAAAUAUACAGCAGUGAACCAUAGUUUUAAAAUCAGAAAUGGAUCCGCCGUGUAUACCACAGAAGCAGUUUCAUGAGUAUCUGUUCGCGAAGAUGGGGCCAGGGGACCGAGGGCCGAAGACCACAGAGGACCGGGCGGCGCCGGUCGACCCCACCGGUGUCAGGGAGUGGUUUAUGGACAAUACCAUGCUGGUCGUCACUUUAAUUGGCGUGCUUACUGGCAUCGCUAUCGGUUUCGGCUUGCGUCCAUACAAUCUCGGUCCCGAUGCUUUAAUGAUCAUUUCGUACCCCGGCGAGCUCUUCAUGAGGCUAUUGAAGUUGAUGAUCCUUCCUUUGAUCAUAGCGAGCCUGAUCGCUGGAUCUGCAAGCCUGAACGCUAAGAUGAGCGGGAAGAUUGCAGUCCGGACUCUACUCUAUUUUAUACUUACGUCCAUGUUUAACGCUUUUCUGGGGAUACUACUUGCAAUGAUGAUACACCCUGGGCAACCGGAACUACGAGAGGACUUUGUCGUGGCCGUUGAAAACAAAAGAGAUCACAGUAUUCUUGACAGUCUUCUGGAUAUUGGUCGAAACAUUUUCCCGGACAACAUCGUGCAGGCCGCGUUCCAGCAGGCGCAUACCGUAUACGCGGAGCAGCCGUCGCUGUUUGCCAGGAACCUCACGGAUAACGACACGGCGCCGGCUCUAGUGCGUGUCGUAUCCUACAGAUCAGGCACCAACACACUCGGCCUCGUCUUCUUCUGUCUCGUGUUCGGGAGUUUGCUCGGUACUCUCGGCCCCAAGGGCCAGGUCGUCAUCGACUUCUUUCAGGCCAUCUUCGAAGUCAUCAUGAAGAUGGUUACGGGCGUCAUGUGGUUCACCCCUGUGGGAGUCAGUAGCGUCAUCGCUGGGAAGAUUCUUGAUGUUAGCAAUGUUGCUCAAGUGAUGUCCCAGCUGGCCUGGUUCAUCGCUACGGUGGCGGUGGGUGUGUUCCUGUAUCAGCUGAUGGUGAUGCAGUUCAUUUAUUUCGUGUUCCUACGGAAGAACCCCUACAAGUUCUAUUGGGGACUGUCUCACGCAAUGUUGACUGCUGCCGCUACUGCUUCCACUGCUGCAGCCCUCCCAGUUACGUUUCGCGCUAUGGAAGGCCCGCUCCGCAUUGACCCUCGCAUCACACGCUUCGUGCUGCCGAUCGGCUGCAACAUUAACAUGGACGGCACGGCCCUGUUCCUGGCUGCGGCCAGCGUGUUCGUCUGCCAGAUGAACAACUUGCAUCUAGGGUUCGCGCAGCUCGCUACCAUAUUCUUGACUUCGACAGCAGCGUCGGUGUCGUCUGCGUCAGUGCCGUCGGCUGCCAUGGUGCUGCUGCUCGUGGUGCUGGCGGCGGUGGACGCGCCCGCGCACGACGUGUCGCUGCUGUUCGCCGUGGAUUGGCUCGUUGACCGGAUACGCACCACAAACAACAUGCUGGGAGACUGCUACGCGGCCGCGGUGGUGGAGCACCUGUCCAAGAAGGAGCUGAUGGCUUGCGAUGCCGUGACCAUGGAACCAGUGGUCGCCAAUGGUCUCAUCCCAACACCAAAUACUGAAGAUGAAAGAUUAGAUACACCAUCAGGGAAAAAAUCCAUAACAUCCGAUGACAUUAUCAUCGAUAUGCAUUUAUCCACCCAGGCAAGCAGUAGUCCUGUCAAACGAAUUUAGCUUAUAAAAUCACCAAACAGACUGUGUUUUGAAACCAUUUUUCUAAAUAGACAAAUAUCAAAGUUGUCUGGAUUUUAGAAUUGAUUUUCAAUUGUUAAAUAUUUCCAUUAGUGGUCCCAAUUAUUGUUACUUAAUUCGCGAUGCUAAGACUUUGGUGUCACAUAUGUCCCCGUCGGCGGGACAGAUGGGGAUAGGUGUUUUCAUAUAAAUCAUUCCCAUUUGUCCCCGCCUCAUGUAUGGCGGCGAUUACUUGGAGGUGAGGGACAAAUGGGAAUAAGGUCAAUGCGGCCAAUUCCGUCAUACGGAAAAUUUCGUCAACGAGCGUUUUUUUCUAAAACAGUACGCAAUUGGUAAUUUCCUCGACAAAGCAGCGAUUUCUUUAAGUUUCAGUAAGGAUUUGGCCGCAUUGACCUCAUUUAUUUAACAACAGAUUUUUAUUUUAAUACUAUUUCAUUCAUACCUUACCUAUUUUUCAUUUUAUCUUUGAAAUAUGACACCUUCUGAAUAGUUUGAAAGACUGAAUAAUUGAAUAUAUAAUUAUAGAAAACUAUUAGUUACCCGAACCGCCUCCGCUUGGCACGGGUUACACAAAACCUUAACAAAUGAUACUUACUUACACCUAAACCUUCUUCAAGAAUCACUCUAUUGAUAGAUGAAAACCGCAUGAAAAUCCGUUCAGUAGUUUUCGAGUUUAUCGCGAACAUACAUACACACAAACAUACAGACGCGGCGGGGACUUUGUUUUAUAAGGUGUAGUGAUAGUGAUAGACAAGGUGAUGGAAGGGCAAUAUAUGAAGUUCUCUGUAAGGUAAACGUCCCAGUACUCGUUAUGCUAAUGCCCAUUAGAUGACAUCCUGCUGUCACCUCUAUUGACAAUUACUUAAAGAGGCCCCGGCAAGCUCGGCCGAAUUUCACCUUCCCAUACAAACGGAGUAUCGUUCUCAUUUUAAAACUACGUGUUGGAUUGUAAAGAAACUUUGCACAUCAGGUAUAACUAGGCCUGUAAUUAGUUUAUAUAGCUCUAGUAUAUAAAACAAAUGAAAUAGAGCAAAAACAAGUUUUAUUUAAAAAACUUAUAUUCGCUAUAUUUUUUUAACUAUGGUAUCUGAAGCUACAUUAACUAAUUACAGACCCUACCUUACCUACCAGACUAUACCUUAUCCUAUUGUAAGUACAAAGUUUCAGAGCAAUCUAGUCGUUUUAAAAUGAGAGCGGAACUACGUUUGUAUGGAGAACCGAGCUUGCCGGGGACUCUUAAGCAGGGCUCGGAACCGGUUAAUUUUCAAAACCCCGAAAUAGCCCAAUAUUUUUAUUUAAAUAUAUUAUACUCUUUACGUAGGACUAAAUCAUGUAUUUAGGUAACAACUUCUUAUUAUUAUUAGAUUGUCCCAUUAAAAUGAAAUAAUAAACCAAAGCACGAAAAAAGACCGUACCUAAUAUUACCGGUAUUUAUUGUAUGGAGAUAAAAAUGGUUCCGAGCGGAACGGAACGGUUGAAUUUGUAUGCCAAUAGGCACGACAUAGUGAUACUGAAAUAUUUAUUUAACAUCUUGUAACUUACCAAUGUUAAACAAAUAAAUCUUUGAAUCUUUGGAGCUGACUUGUACGGACGUCUAUAUUAUAGGUUUAUAGGGCGGUAUUUAAAGAUAUAAAGAAAAUUGUACGUAAAUUAGUCACAAAAUGGCUAGGUAAAUAAUGAAGAGAUUAUAAUAUCUAUCCACUUACGAUGGCCGUGAAAAACCAAAAUCUUAGCAUCUUAAUUAAGUUUGGGUACUUAUAUGGCGAUUUUGUAUCCAAAGUUUUGACAUUGUUCGAUUCAGUAUUAUCCCUGUUGAUAACACGAGACCGCCACCAGCAUUGUGAAGUGUUCCCAUAUGAUCAUUGUGGUUAUAAACUAAUCCGCUUUAGAUGUAAAAGGAGAAUGUAGAUCCUACUUUAUCAAAUAAGUAUGAUCUGAUAUAGGUAAUAUGUCGUUGUUAAUACUUUCUAAAUAUGGUUGGGAUUUGGUUGGAAUCAAAUAGUUUCAGCGAUGAAAAAAGGUGGCCCGGUUGAUUUGAAUUGACCGAGUCAAGAUAAUAACUGUCAAAUAAUCCAGCAGAUAAGUUGGUUAUGUUCUUAUAGUUUGUCAAAGGACUGUCUCAUUUUCAACAUAGACAGAGAGAAUCAUACUAUCUUUGUCUUACACUAGUACUAGCACCCAUAUUACUGAGAAUUUGGUUUGACUGACUAUAGUAGCCGAUAAUAGUACUACCGUACAGAAAGGAAACUUCCUACAAAACUGAAGUUUGACAACGGUUCAGGGACGAAUCAUGCUGUCUUUCUAAUUAUAUGGCUAUCUCUCUCGGCUUUUUAGGGAUGUAAAAAUUCAAGUCAUUAUCUUAUCUGUGGUCGUACACGCAAAGGGAGGACAAGUUGCGUCAACCCUAAUAAUUGCUCGGAGCAAUGCCGAGGUGAACGGAGCCGAGAAUACCCGAAAGGAGGAGUUUCGCACCCCUGGCAGCUCACAGUUCCUCGAAUGAGUUUUGUGCCACAAGCAAAAACAUUCCGAAAUAGCUUUUGCGCCAAACUCAAAUACCUUGAGUAAGUUUUCGUAGAUACCUCGGCGCAUACUGUUCUUCAGCAUCACAAACGACAGCAUAUAAUGAUUCGCAAUAGAUACUAGAAAAUACCUACCGUCCAACCACCCAACUAUAGUCCAUUACUACCUACACACACACACACACACACACACACACAAAGUCUACAAGUUCAAUACGUAAUUAAGUAUCAAUCAAUGUUCAUUUUGAUUUUGUCUGAGGUUUUUCUUCUAUUUGUAAAAAUAUGUUGAAUAAUAUAAUUUCAAGUGAAAGUCACACCUGCACGGAUAUGUCAUAUGAUGGUCGUUCUUGUCUCCGUGACAGCAUGAUAAAAAGGCGUCCGUCACUUUUCAAUCGCCCGGUGUUAAAAAGUGACGGUUAUUUUAUCACGUAGAUAAAUCCAUCCAUAGGUAAUACGCCUGCUGAACGAAGACAUUUGAGUUAAUUUUGGACCAUAGUUGGGAGCUUUUGUACUCCAGUUGGGUGGUUUAACGGUACUCAUAUGUACUUCCUACCUACUUAAUUACUAAUUAGGUAGCUGCAACGUAACAAUAUAACAUUCGACAAUAAUUCAAUGUUUGAAUUUCAAAAGGUAUUAUUUAUUCUAGAUACCUGCGCAUAAUCAGAUCUUUAUUUGAAAAUACAAUAUUAAUAUUUUUACAACUUAACGGAUAAAUCACGUGUUAGGCCCUAGUAUGUACAAAUUGAUAUUAGGUACUAUUAGACUGUUAUAUUCAUACACAUGAGCUAACUGAAUGAAUGUGAGUGAAAAAGGUAGUUAAAUACGGGUGCAAAAUAUGUAUAGUAUGAAUUAUCUCAAAUGAUUGAAUGACGCUAAAAUUGUCUUUAAAACGGGCGUGAUCCUUUUCACUGAUGAGAAAUGAGGUAGCCACCACGGCGCACAAAAGAAACAAUGCCUUUUGUUUCACAGCUUAGGGUUUGGGCGAAAAAAUCGUUUGAGAUAAUUCGUACUAUAACAAAUAAAAAUAGCACGCAAAUUGUUAUUUUUAAAACCAAAUGUGCUUCGGAGAUAUGAACGAAUUAUAUUAUACCUAUAAUAAACUUAUUGAUUGUUAUAGACAACGUAUGAAUAGCUACUGAUGGAACCGUCAGAUAUUACUUGCUUGCGAGAAAGAUUAGUCUUAAAUAAGGAAAAGUCAUCUUCAUGCCAAUUGGAAAAGUUGUCUCUAAGACAGUUUCAGAUUACGUUACACAAAUGACAGUUAUAUAAACUUUUAAAGCAAUUGUACCUAAUCAAUAGAAGACGGAAAAACGUAAUGCCGUCAAAGUAAACUACCCCCAUAUUAACAAAAUCAUACCUACUAAUGUACGCGACACCAUAAUCGAGUUGAUACUUAAACGUGUAGUGAUAUAGGCAUUUCUAGGUAUAAGUCCUAAACAGGUGUUUUACUAUUACUACUAUUAGUAAGUAGGAUUGUUCACAAUAAUUCAAUUAUUGUAAUGGCCUUAGACAAAAUAACCAUCGUUAUAUGUAUUUUAUUGUGUUAUUUCUGUAUGACAUGUUUUGGAAUAUCAUUUUUUAUUAGGUAUACGUUAUAGUAUCGUAAAGACAUUGGAAUCACGUUUUUAUAAAUAUGUGUUCAGUUCUUAACUUAUCAUUAUUAGUAUAUCAAUGUCCAACUGUGAUAUCGUUACUUUGUAAUUUGUCAUUAAUUUCAUUAACUAAUAAUGCAUUGAUAAAUAAAACCAAUAAUUAA